GAGCCUCUCCCGACAGUAUAUAACCCCCCACAGCAAUCGUUGAUGAUUCAUUAAAUUUCCCUCCCACACCACCAUAUCACUUCAACCACUCCAACUUCCGUUUACUUUAAACAAUGUCUGACACUGGUCGUCAAUCUCUUACCGACAAAGCCAGCUCUGCUGUCAAGCCUGACUCCCAGAAGUCGAUGACCGAGCAAGCCGGUGACAAAGUCAAGGGCUACGCCGACUCUGCUGCAUCUACAGUUCAGCCUCAGGGCGAUAAGUCGACCUCCCAACAGGCGGGUGACACUUUCAGCAGCAACUCCAACCAGAACCAAGGUGGUCUGCUUGACAAGGCAAAGGAGGCCGUUGGCAUGGGUGGAAACCAGCCCCAGCAGAACAAAUAGAGCAUCACAUUUUGUCUCAAAGAAAGGUCUGAACUGUAUCAUAUGGACUUGUAUUACAUAUUGUAAAUUGGGGUUGUAAUCAAAGAUACAUUGUCCACUGCAUAGAGUUAUUCAAUAUUCGUGUCAGCUGAACGUUCAUAG